CCAGCUGAGUCCUGUAGAAGUGGGAGGCCGCCAGCGCGCUCAGUUGCCUUAGCUAUUGUAGCUCUGGCCGAGUCUGCGCGAUGGGCGAUGCAGAAAGGCCGGAAGCGGCCAGGCCCGAGCCGGAGGAGAGGUUAUCUUCAGAUACCAAUGAAAAUGCAGUGAAGUCAAGUGAAGAGCCACUCCUGAGAAAGAGUUCUCGCCGGUUUGUCAUCUUUCCCAUCCAGUACCCCGAUAUUUGGAAGAUGUAUAAACAGGCACAGGCAUCCUUCUGGACAGCAGAAGAGGUUGACUUAUCUAAGGAUCUCCCUCACUGGAACAAGCUUAAAUCAGACGAGAAGUAUUUUAUCUCUCACAUCUUAGCCUUUUUUGCAGCCAGUGAUGGAAUUGUAAAUGAAAACUUGGUGGAGCGCUUUAGUCAGGAGGUACAGGUUCCAGAGGCUCGCUGUUUCUAUGGCUUUCAAAUUCUCAUCGAGAAUAUUCACUCAGAGAUGUACAGUUUGCUAAUAGACACUUACAUCAGAGAUCCCAAGAAAAGGGAAUUUUUAUUUAAUGCAAUUGAAACAAUGCCAUAUGUUAAGAAAAAAGCAGAUUGGGCUUUGAGAUGGAUAGCAGAUAGAAAAUCUACUUUUGGGGAAAGGGUGGUUGCCUUUGCUGCUGUAGAAGGGAUUUUCUUCUCUGGAUCUUUUGCUGCCAUAUUCUGGCUAAAGAAGAGAGGUCUUAUGCCUGGACUCACUUUUUCCAAUGAACUCAUCAGCAGAGAUGAAGGUCUUCAUUGUGACUUUGCUUGCCUGAUAUUUCAGUACUUAGUAAAUAAGCCUUCAGAAGAAAGGGUUAGAGAGAUCAUUGUUAAUGCUGUCAAAAUUGAGCAGGAGUUUUUAACAGAAGCCUUGCCAGUUGGCCUCAUUGGAAUGAACUGUGUUUUGAUGAAACAAUACAUUGAGUUUGUAGCAGACAGAUUACUUGUGGAACUUGGAUUCUCAAAGGUUUUUCAGGCAGAAAAUCCCUUUGAUUUUAUGGAAAACAUUUCUUUGGAAGGGAAAACAAAUUUCUUUGAAAAACGAGUUUCAGAAUAUCAGCGUUUUGCAGUUAUGGCGGAAACCACAGAUAAUGUUUUCACCUUGGAUGCAGAUUUUUAAAACCCUGCCUGUAUCUAUACCUGCCAUUUGUAAAUAGUAGUCUAUUUUUCUCUGCCUUCCUCCCCACCCCAGCAUAUCUCUGUAAGGGAGUAGGGAUUUGGGCAAAAGGAAAUCCAAAACUAAAUUUCAAUUAAGUUGGAUUUAUAUAAAUACACUGAUUUCUCUGUUUAACAACCAUUGUGUAAUCUAAAUGCUUUUGUUUAAUCACUGAAAUAUAAGAUUGCAUUAUGUAGUGGUUAAGAGCAUGGGAUGAGGGUCAGAUAUGAGUUGGAGGUUCAGCUCUUACUACUUUGUAUGACCUUUGACAAAUCAGUUAAACUCUCCAAACCUCAAUGCACUUAUCUUUACAAUGAGUAAAAUAGUAGG